AUGGGCAGUGAAAUUCCUCUAAGAAAGGUCGAAAGUAUCGAAUUUGGCAUACUUUCACCUGAAGAUGUAGUGGCUAUAAGUGUGUGUAAAAUUGAGCAUCCAGAAACCGUUGAAAAUGGGGUACCUAAAGAAGGAGGACUAGCUGAUUUACGGCUUGGUACUUCUGAACGUGGAUUUCUUUGUAGUACGUGUGGACAUCGUUUUGACCAAUGUACAGGUCAUUUUGGCUACAUUGAAUUAUCAAAACCAGUCUUUCAUAUCGGAUUCUUAGCCAAAGUAAAGAAGAUCUUAGAAUCUGUUUGUUUCUUCUGUUCUAAACUCAGAAUUGAGAAGCAACAAUUGCCAUCUUUAAAACCACGUAAUCAAAAGGAACGUAAACGUCGUUUAAAUCUAGUUUGGGGUUUAGCUAAGAAUAGAGCUGUCUGUUUAGGAGAAGUCUUACCCGGUCUAGAAGAAACACCAGGAGAGAAGGUUCGUAGUGGGUGUGGUAAUCGGCAGCCAACAAUUCGUCGUGAAGGUCUGCAUUUACUUGCCUUCCAAAAAGGAGAAGAACUAGCUGAAGGUAAAACAGUUCUAUCGGCUGAGAAGGCUUUAGAGAUACUGAGAAGAAUUAGUGAAGUAGAUAUUGAAGCUCUUGGUUUUGAUUUAGAAAGAGCUCGACCUGAAUGGAUGAUUAUUCGUGUUUUACCUGUUCCUCCUCCUCAAGUCCGUCCUUCAAUUACUAUGGAGGGAUCUUUGCGUUGUGAAGAUGAUUUAACGCAUAAACUAGCUGAUAUCAUUAAGGCCAGUAAUAACUUAAAAAGAUACGAGCAAGAAGGAGCUCCAGGACAUAUUACCCGAGAUUACGAACAGUUAUUACAAUUUCAUGUAGCUACUCUUAUGAAUAAUGAUAUCUCUGGUCAACCUCAAUCUCUUCAGAAGAACGGGCGGCCUUUAAAGUCUUUAAGAGCUCGUUUAAGAGGGAAAGAAGGACGAGUACGUGGUAAUUUAAUGGGUAAACGAGUGGACUUUUCCGCCCGAACGGUUAUUACAGCCGAUCCUAACAUAGGUAUGAAUGAAGUAGGAGUUCCAGAAGAGAUUGCUAAGAUGUUGACCUUCCCAGAACGAGUUACUGAGUAUAACUUAGCUGAAGCUAGAGCGGCUGUUUUUCGGGGUCCACAUACUCAUCCUGGGGCUAAUUACGUCAUUCGUGAUGAUGGACAGCGGAUUGACUUGCGCUUUCAUCGGGGGGAGAUGAACGUACAAGUUGGGUACAUUGUGGAACGCCACCUUAAAAAUGGCGAUACAGUUCUGUUCAAUCGUCAGCCUUCUUUGCACAAAAUGUCGAUGAUGGCCCAUCGGGCUCGAGUUAUGCGCUUUUCUACCUUUCGGCUGAACUUAAGUGUGACUUCACCUUAUAAUGCUGAUUUUGAUGGGGAUGAAAUGAACUUGCAUUUACCACAAUCUUUACCGGCUCAGACUGAGUUGCGAGAAUUAGCUUUAGUAGAGAAGAACAUUGUUUCACCCCAAAGUAAUCGGCCGGUUAUGGGGAUUGUUCAGGAUACACUUUUAGGUCUUUAUAAGUUAACUAAGCGAGAUCUGUUCUUAACUCCAGCUCAGGCUCAGCAUUUAGUCUAUGCAAUGGAUAAUGGGCGAUCUUUAGACCCGCCAGUUCUUUUAAGACCGAUUAGACUUUAUACUGGGAAGCAAAUCUUCUCUCAUGCCUUACCACCCGUAUCUUAUAACGGCUUACAUAGUGCCCAUGUUCCUGAUGCUCCUUUUUGGGCUAAUGAGGAUGAUAGUUGUGUAGUGAUUAGGAAUGGUGAAUUAUUAGCUGGGAUUAUUUGUAAACGGACGGUUGGAACGGCUUCUGGUGGUUUAAUUCAUGUUAUUGCUAAUGACUUACCCCGGCGGGUUUGUGUUGAUUUUAUUGAUGCUUUACAACGGGCUGUAGCUGCUUGGCUGGCGGCCUUUGAAGGGUUUACAGUUGGAAUUGGUGAUACGGUUCCGGAUGCAGCUACAGCCGAUGCUAUUCGGGAGGCAAUUGAUCGGGCUAAGUCAGAGACUGAGAAGUUAAUCUGGCGAGCAGCUCAUGGUGAAUUAGAAAGACUCCCGGGUAUGUCUAUGCGUGAAUCUUUAGAAUCAGUUAUUACUUUGGCUUUGAAUCGGGCUCGUGAUACGAGUGGGACGGCGGCCCAACGGACUUUACUCGCCCAGAAUAGUAUUAAGCAAAUGGCCGCCGCCGGUUCAAAAGGAUCAAGUAUUAAUGUUUCGCAGAUGUCGGCCUGUGUCGGACAGCAGGUAGUGGAAGGUCGGCGUAUUUUACUGGGAUUUCGUGAUCGGGCUCUACCCCAUUUUACUAAGGAUGAUUUUGGAGCGGAAGCUCGUGGGUUUGUGAGUAGUUCUUAUAUAACGGGUUUAACUCCAGUUGAGUUCUUCUUCCAUGCCAUGGGUGGUCGAGAAGGUCUCAUUGAUACGGCAGUUAAGACGGCAGAAACGGGAUAUAUUCAAAGACGACUAGUUAAGGCCUUAGAAGAUGCCCAGGUAAGGGCUGAUCGUAGUGUAAGGAGUGGUGAGGGCCAGGUGAUUCAAGGGGCUUAUGGUGGAGAUUGUUUGGAUGCCACCUUUAUUGAAAUGCAAGAUUUAGUGUUGUUGGGUUCGGAAAGUGAGUUUACUAGUAAGUUUGUGCUUGAUUUAUCCGGUUUAGCUGAGUAUCCGCUUAGUGCUCGGGUGGCGGCGGCCCUAAGAAGUCCACGGGGGAAGAGUUUAGUCCGGACGGAAAUACUUAUGCUACGUGAUGAACGGAAUGAGUUACUAGCGGCUGGAGUGAAGGGCCGACAACCUUUACCGGUACCUUUAGCACGCAUAUUUGAACGGGCUCAACGUAUGUCACAAAGUCCAACGGCUGCUCCAGGAGUUAUUCGUAGUGCAGAGACAGGUCGUAGUGGUCUAGUGGUCGGUGAUGUUCUCCCGGAACGAAUUGUCCGAGCUCGAGAAGCUUUGGAAACAGCUUUAGUUACGGCUAUUUGUGCGAUUGAAGAGGUGGCUAAACCGGCUUUUAGAUUGUUUAUGGCCCAUUUAAGAGGGUAUUUAGCGGUUAAACGGGUUCUUUGUGAGUUUAGAUUAAGUGGAGCUGCUUUUGAAUGGGCGGUAGAUGAGGUACGUAGUGUGUUCUUGAAGGCCAUAGUAGCACCGGGAGAAAUGGUUGGGACUUUAGCCGCUCAGAGUAUAGGUGAACCGGCUACUCAGAUGACUUUGAAUACUUUUCACUUGGCUGGAGUAGCUAGUACGGUAACUAGAGGUGUUCCUCGUUUGAAGGAAAUCAUUAAUGUUGCUAAGACAAUCAAAACACCCUCUUUGAUCCUUUACUUACGUGAUGAUUUAAGGUAUACGCCUGAAGGUGCUAAAAAAGCGCAACAGGAGAUAGAAAGGUGUUAUGUUCGUGAUGUUUUAGCUUGUUCUGAGGUGGUUUAUGAUCCAUUAUUAACGGCUAUUAAGGCCGAUGCUGAUUUUAUUGAGGCUUAUGCUAUCUUAGAUCCUAGUGUUUAUACGCCUAGUUCGCCUUGGGUACUAAGACUGACUUUAAACCGACGGGCCUUAGUUGAUCGUGGUUUGAGUAUUGAGGUGGUUGCCCAAGUUAUUGAGGUUAGUACUGGGUAUAAGUGCAUGCAUAGUGAUGAAAAUGCAGCUACCCAGAUUAUUCGUUGUGCUUUACCCGAUACAGAAGAAAGAUUGCGGAAGAUAGAAGCAACUGUAGCUGCUAUUAUGCUUAAGGGUUUAUCUGGGAUUAAACGGGCCUUCAUUAAUGAAAGUCCAGUUAGUGGUGGCGAUGGUCGAGUUGAGUACGUUUUGCAUACAGAAGGUGCUGGUUUAGCUGAAGUUUUAACUCAUCCUAUGGUUGAUCCGCACAGAUCUACUUCUAAUGAUCCUUUAGAAGUCCUACGAGUGCUGGGGAUUGAAGCGGCCCGAGCAGCUGUGCUAAGAGAAAUCAGAGCAGUGAUUGAAAGUGAUGGUUCUUACGUUAACUUCCGGCACUUAUCUAUUCUAGCCGAUAUUAUGACUCAACGUGGUACUUUAUCCGGUAUUACUCGGCAUGGUACAAACCGUGGUGAAGCUGGGGCUUUGAUGCGUUGUUCGUUUGAAGAGACAGUUGAGAUUUUACUGGAUGCAGCUGCUUCGGCUGAGACGGAUAGGUGUCGGGGUGUAGUUGAGAGUGUUAUGUUGGGUCGAGUGGCAGCGAUUGGUACGGGUACGACUGAAGUGAUCAUAGAUAAGGAUGCUUUAGAGCAGGGUGUGGCUGCUUUAGAGAAGUACGAGUUUGAGGAGGAUGAAAGUGGUGGAGAAACACCGCCGGGUUUAAUGUCUCCUCUAUCUGCUCCUGGUUCUGAUUCUUCUUCAUCGCACUGGGGUAUGCCUGGGGUUACACCUGGCUACUCGCCGGCUAGUCCUACUUACUCGCCGGCUAGUCCUACUUAUGCUCCGGCUAGUCCGACCUAUUCGCCUUCUAGUCCUACUUAUGCCCCUAGUAGUCCGAGUUAUUCACCGACUGGAGCUGGGUUUGUCUACUCGCCAGCUAGUCCGGUUUAUAGUUUUGCCCCAAGUAGUCCUAACUUCUUGCCGCCGCGAGGUGCCAGUUCACCCCCGCCUCUUUACACUCCCAGUAGUCCAGCCCCGAACUACAACCGUGCUUAUGCUCCCGUAGCCCCUUUAUCACCCGCCGCCCAAACGCUCUAUACCCCCUCAGCUAUGCCCCGCAGUGAAGAGGGAUACCUAAGAAUGCGCCAAAAACUAGCUGAGGAAAACAGUAGUAGUGAGUCUUCUGAGGAGGAAAGGGAUGAAUAA